AUGUACGUCACUGUACCUGUCAGGGUAAACGAUGACAGCCUUGUAACUUUAAAGGCUAUUGUCGUACCUAAACUACCUCAGAGCGCUAGGCCUCGUGGACUCUGUAAGAUAGUGUCUGAACUGAAGAGCCAGAAUGUCACCCUAGCUGAUCCUAACUUGUCAAGUAGUCAGAUUGACCAGGUGAAACUGCUUGUUGGCAUAGAUCACUACUUUGACUUUAUCCAUUCUCCACAAGCAAACGGAGUGAACCUGAUUGAGUCCUCAUUAGGAUAUCUGGUCGCUGGUAAGCUGCCUAGUAAUGACACCCCUAUCAGUGGUCAUUCUGUAACUGUAAUGAGACUAGCAGUUGAUGAACCUUCCAAAGCUGCUCUAGAGAUACCACUUGAGAUGUCUGAUAGCAAAUUUGCUGAAGACCCCAUCCAACAGCUUUGGACCCUAGAAUCAGUCGGUAUUGUUGAUCAAGAUAUGUCACCUGAGGAUAAAUUUGUACUGGAAGAAUUUAAGAAUUCCAUCAAUAUGGUUGAAGGACGAUAUGAGGUAUCUCUCCCCUGGAAAGUCGAUAAGAAACAACUCCCUACCAACUUAGCACUCUCAGGAAAAGACUGA